CAAUGCCGCCCGAUGUAAACUCACACACAGGCGCACACACUUCCUCAAACAGUCCGAGCGCCGCUCUCCGCUCAGCACGCACCGCGCAGCCCAGAGAGGAGCUCACCGCCGAGUCGACCAACUCCCGGAGCUUUUCACACGGUGAGACCUCACCAUGGCUCCGUUCCUGCGGAUCGCCUUUAAUGAUUUUAAUUUGGGAAGCCUCCCUCCUCUGGCUGAGCAGCCGUUCUGCGCAAUCAAGAUGAAGGAGUCUCUCAGCACAGAGCGAGGAAAGACCCUUGUCCAGAGGAAGCCCACUAUGUACCCAGCAUGGAAGUCCAGCUUUGACGCUCAUAUCUACGAGGGCCGUGUGAUUCAGGUUCUCCUGAUGAAGACGGCCGAGGAGACCCUCUCUGAAGCCACCGUUGGCGUGUCAGUCAUCGCUGAGCGCUGCAAAAAGGGGAAUGGCCGCGCUGAAUUCUGGGUAGACCUGCAGCCUUCUGGGAAGGUGAUGAUGUCGGUACAGUUUUUUGUGGAGGAUGCUGACACAGAAAGCAAACAGUCAGUAAAGGAAGAGGAUGGGAUUUUAACGCUGAACAGAAGGAGAGGAGCCAUCAAACAGGCCAAAGUUCACUUCAUUAAAAACCAUGAAUUCACUGCCACCUUCUUCAAACAGCCCACCUUCUGCUCCGUCUGCAGAGAGUUCGUCUGGGGGCUUAACAAGCAAGGCUACAAAUGCAGACAAUGCAAUGCGGCCAUUCACAAAAAGUGCAUUGAUAAGAUCAUUGGGAGAUGCACAGGAACUGCGACCAACAGCCGAGAUACUGUGUUCCAGAAAGAACGCUUCAAGAUCGACAUGCCACAUCGCUUCAAGACACACAACUACAUGAGCCCCACCUUCUGUGACCACUGUGGAAGUCUGCUGUGGGGAAUGGUCAAGCAAGGCCUCAAAUGUGAAGACUGUGCGAUGAACGUCCACCAUAAAUGCCAGACUAAAGUAGCCAACCUCUGCGGAAUAAACCAGAAGCUCCUAGCUGAGGCUCUGACUCAAGUUAGUCUGAAAUCUUCCACCAAGAGGCCUGAUCCCACUCUGUCAGACAUUGGCAUCUAUCAGGAUAUAGCCAAAAAUACUCCAGCAGACCCUAGUGCAGAUAGCAGUCAAUAUGGGAAACUGUGGGAUGGUACCACUCCAACAGCGCCCUCCGCCUCCAUCACACACCAAACACGCGUCACCUUUGACAGCUUUGUGUUCCACAAAGUGCUGGGCAAAGGCAGCUUUGGCAAAGUGCUGCUGGCUGAGCUCAGGGGUCGUGGCGAGUACUUUGCAGUGAAGGCUCUGAAGAAGGACGUGGUACUGAUGGAUGAUGACGUGGAGUGCACCAUGGUGGAAAAGAGGGUCCUAGCGUUAGCCUGGGAUAACCCCUUCCUCACACACCUCUACUGUACCUUCCAGACCAAGGAGCACUUGUUUUUUGUAAUGGAGUAUCUCAACGGAGGUGAUCUGAUGUUCCACAUUCAGGAUAAGGGCCGUUUUGAUCUCUACAGAGCCACGUUCUAUGCAGCUGAAAUUAUCUGUGGCCUGCAGUUCCUUCAUUCCAAAGGCAUCAUUUACAGAGACUUGAAGCUGGAUAAUGUGAUGUUGGACAAAGAUGGCCACAUUAAGAUAGCAGACUUUGGCAUGUGUAAGGAGAACAUGGUCGGAGAGAACCGAGCAACUACUUUCUGUGGAACACCUGAUUAUAUUGCACCAGAGAUCUUACUGGGGCAGAGGUACACAUUCUCAGUGGACUGGUGGUCAUUUGGAGUGCUGGUGUAUGAGAUGUUGAUCGGUCAGUCACCGUUCCAAGGUGAUGAUGAGGAUGAGCUGUUCGAGUCGAUCAGGAUGGACGUCCCUCACUACCCACGCUGGAUCACCAAGGAGUCCAAGGACCUUCUGGAGAAGAUGUUUGAGAGGGAGCCGACUCGCCGGCUUGGCGUUGUGGGAAAUAUCCGAGCACACCCCUUCUUCAAGACAAUCAACUGGUCUGCACUAGAGAAGCGAGAGGUGGCUCCACCCUUCAAGCCUAAAGUGAAAGCCCCCAACGACUGCAGCAACUUUGACCGCGAGUUCCUAAGUGAGAAGCCCCGCCUCUCGCAAGCUGACAAGAACCUGAUUGACUCAAUGGACCAGAUGGCCUUCGCCGGCUUCUCCUUCAUCAACCCAACGAUGGAGACCAUUCUGGAGAAAUGAAGGGCCCAUCCAUCCAGCACUGUGACCAAGCCUCCACCUCCUCACCAUUUCAACCAAUCAUGUGCAGAAAUGCAAUGGGGGUUGAAACCAUUAAAAGCAGUUUUCAAGGGAUACUCCAGCAUUGUACAAACUAAUAUCUAUCAGCCACAUCUGUAGCAUUUAGCACAAUACAAGCGACAUUCUUUUCCUUGACCCAGAAGAUGCAAAAGUGUGGACACUCCUUAUUUUUAUAUAGAAAAUUAACAUAUCCUCUACAGAGAACACAUUUCUGCAGUUUGAUGCACAACCUCUGUUUAUUUGCUGAAUUUACCAUAUUGAGAGGAAAACAAUAAACAUAAAAUGUUUCCUCUGCGAAAUUCAUGGCAUAUUUUAUAUUUGAGAUUUUAUAUUUUCCAGUAUGUUGAACUCAGCAAAUACAUAGAAAUUGUGCAAGUGCCAUAAGGGAGUGCUUUUGGAGGUCGUGUUAAUUUAUUUUUAACUUAGAAAAUCAACAAAACAUGCUAAUGAGUUGUGCUUAAACUAUUGUGUGUAACUUUAAUUUUAAUAUAACUUUUGCCUGUUCACUGACUUGGCUCAAAACGUGUUUAUAACACAAUAGGUUUCUUGUAGAUUAGGUAGUGUGGUGAUCAAAUGCUACAGAUGUAGAAAAUAGAGAUUAGGUUAAAAACAAAAUGCUAGAAUAUUUCUUUAAGUGUACCCUUCCACAGGGUCUAAACCUCAAGUGCUCAGUCCAGCCCUAGGAGGCCAUAGCACUCUUUAGACUUUUCCUUUACCUAAAUUCCUCAAAGGCUUUGUAAUUAACAUUUGGUUUAACUAAGGUGUAGUUGGGAGCAGUGCUAUGGACCUCUAGGACUGAAUGUGAGUAACAUUGGCCUACUAACUCAGCUUGGUCAGAUAGAUCUGUAUAUUGUCUACACAUAUUUUGAUGCAGCAAAACACUACAACAUCUAAUUGCACUUACUGGGCUACUAUUGAUAAUGUUGUGUGCUCAUUAUUGAGAGUGGCUGGCAGUGUGCUGGGUCCAAACAAAUGCCUGCAGACAAUCCCCCCUAGUGACCAAGUUGAGUACUACAGCUAUGCGUUUUUUUUUUUCUUCAUGAUCAAAACGUAGAAUCAAAUUAACUAUAUUUAUGUACUGUAUUUGUUGGAUUAUAGGACAGACAUGCAAAUGCACAUAUUAGGCUUAAAGGGGAAUUCUAACACUUUUUCAAAAUUUCUGCAUAAUUCAACUGAGGAAAAGUUGAUCAGAGUGAUUUGAUGUGAAAAGGUGCAUAGUAGAGAACCUUACUGACCCAGAUUUCUUUACAGUGGUGGUGAUGGAAACCAGGGGUCACAAUGUCUACAGUGCUAAUAUAGCCAUUUUAUUAUGAUCCAUAUAUAUGAUGAUGUCAAUAGUGGUAAAUCAAAAAAAUAUGUUUUCCCCUACAUGUUAUCUGUCCAUCAUAAAUGUAUUUUUAAAAAAGGAAAGUUUUACACAAAUCUUAUAUCAAAACUAGUGUGAAAUAAUGUCUCAUGCAUCAGAUAAAGUAAUCUUUUAAUGUAAUGCUUUCUGUGGGGUAGCUUACAGGGCCUUUGAAUGCCUGGGUAUGUUUCUCUAGAACAGCAUCUCUCAUGAAACCAUUCUUUGUUUACAUCUCAGCAAUUUCAACUAUGCACCCAGUUUUGAGAAAGUGGAAAUUCCCUUUUAAACCGACCCUUCUGACCACAUACAAAACAGCAGGAAAAGGAACAGUCACUUUACAUCAGCGCUAUCAGUGCUGUGGCUGCAGUAAAUCUUAUCUGCUGGUUGUUUAAAAGGAAUACUGUGGCCUUACAGAUAAUGAUACUUGUCUAAGAAACCCAAUUUGGCCAGCCCUGUACUACCUGCAUAGCUGAGUCAUGUGACCAUCAGAAAAAGACUUUCUCCUAUGACAACAGACUGAGAAUCAUACAGUGCUGCUUUGGUUUUUAGUUAUUUCAUAACUUUCUGUGGUUUGCUUGCCCGUCGGCUGUCAGUGUGUUGCUUUUACUGUUCUGUUGCCUGUAGAAGUUUCUCUUUGCACUGAUCUUAGACCUAGUUUGCCGUUAAAUGGACUGAUGGUCAGGAGAAGGGGUUGCAUUUGUCGGCUAGUAAGAUCUGAAUUGAACAAAGUUGCGCUGGGUUAUGCUCCAACAACCUUAAAGGAAUACUUCACCAUUUUUAAACCUGAUUUCUGUCUUCUGCUCUUGUGCCGUGGUGUCAGUUAUCACAGGUGAUAAUUUCAACACGUGUCCUUGUGUUUUGAAAAGGACACUGACUCAAAGCGCAGUUAUAAUAGAAUUCAAUAAGCAGAUGCUUCGGAAGUGGCAGAUAGGAAUUAAGCUACUGGAGUGUUCCUUGCUAACCAGUGAAUGCAGUUUCAUAGUGCACCCCUGGUCUCAGAUCUACAAAUAAAAUAUAACCUCUACAAGCAAGAAACAAAAACUUGCCUUCGAAGUGCUAAAGCUAGCCUGAGUUAAUUUGUUCCUAGAUAGGUGUAUACGUUAUGGUACUAAGUUCUGCUACAGAAUAAAUAGUGGGUGGAGGUUUAAUGUCAGCAGAAGUUAAUUAUCGAGAUAUAGUAUAUGUAAUGUUAUUAAAUGUGUAGGUAUUUUUAAAAAGAAAUAAUAUCUUGUAUAUAAAAAAAUGUAUGUAUAUUGUUCUGAGCUGUUAUUGGGAUGUUAAGGAUUUUUUUUUACUUUAACUCAAUACAAUAAAAGGCAUCUUUAUCUCAGAAACUGUCGGAAAUGAAUGAGGUAUUUUCGUACUUUCAGACCUCUGUCUUCAGUAUGUAAAUGUGCUGUGUUUGGUCUUUAUUGGCAAAUAAAUCAUAUUUUUAUGAUGACCAAC